AUGAAUCAAAUCAUUAAUAUUGAUAUUGAGGAUAUGCAGGCGACGGCGCAAUGUGGUGUUCCGCUGGAAGUGCUGGAAAACGCGUUGCGUGAAAAAGGUUACACCACGGGGCAUUCUCCGCAGUCAAAGCCGCUGGCGCAGAUGGGCGGCCUGGUAGCAACCCGAAGUAUCGGGCAGUUCUCCACACUCUACGGCGCAAUCGAAGAUAUGGUCGUUGGUCUGGAAGCAGUAUUGGCUGAUGGCACCGUCACACGCAUUAAAAACGUGCCACGCCGCGCGGCUGGCCCGGACAUUCGUCACAUCAUCAUCGGCAACGAAGGUGCAUUGUGCUAUAUCACUGAAGUAACAGUGAAAA